UGCAUUGUAUCCAACAAAUAUUUGCCAAAUGAAAGAACUUAGUUCUUUUCUUUUGUUCUUAUAUUUUUCAGGACCUAUUCAUUGGAAUGAAUUAUUCCCUAUUGCUGAUGGGGAUCAGCAAUCUCCGAUUGAGAUUAAAACCAAAGAAGUGAAAUAUGACUCUUCUCUCCGACCUCUGAUUAUCAAGUAUGACCCAAGCUCGGCUAAAAUCAUCAGCAAUAGUGGCCAUUCCUUCAGUGUUGGCUUUGAUGAUACGGAGGACAAAUCAGUUCUGCGAGGGGGUCCACUCACUGGAAGCUACAGGCUGCGACAGUUUCACCUUCACUGGGGGUGCGCUGAUGACCAUGGCUCCGAGCAUGUGGUCGAUGGAGUGCAAUAUGCUGCCGAGCUCCAUGUUGUUCACUGGAAUUCAGACAAAUAUCCCAGCUUCGUUGAGGCAGCUCAUGAGCCUGAUGGACUAGCUGUCUUGGGAGUAUUUUUACAGAUUGGUGAAUAUAAUCCCCAACUGCAAAAAAUUACUGACAUUCUGGAUUCCAUUAAAGAAAAGGGAAAACAAACUCGAUUCACAAAUUUUGACCCAGCGUCUCUGCUUCCUCCGUCUCGGGACUACUGGACAUAUCCUGGUUCCCUCACAGUCCCACCUCUUCUGGAGAGUGUCACUUGGAUCGUUUUAAAGCAACCUAUAAAUAUCAGCUCUCAACAGCUGGCCAAAUUCCGCAGCCUCCUUUGUACAGCUGAGGGUGAAGCAGCAGCGUUUUUGUUGAGCAAUCACCGUCCACCACAGCCUCUGAAGGGCCGCAAAGUGAGAGCCUCCUUCCAUUGAAAGUUGUCACCAGUGGACCAUCCCAAACAUGACUGUGGAGAGACAACACAAAACAAAACAGAGCACAACACCCCUACUAACAGUUUUUCCCUAGAUGUCUGAUCGAUGGGUAACAUUUUGCUGUCAGUUUUAGCACCACAAAGAAAGGCAGAUCUCUUUAAUCAAACUUUGCUCGUAUGGGUACUCAAGCAGUUAAAAUUGUGGGAGUUGUAGCAAAACCUAUGAUAUACCUCUACUCCUACCUGCGUGAGGACAUGGCACACAUCACAAACCUCAGCAUGUAUUAAAAAAUUUACCUUGCCAGAGAGACUGAAUUAGUCAUGUUUGUCAGUAAUGUUUGGUUAAAAACUUAAUUUUAUUUCCAGAAUUUUGAAAUUGUGAUACCUUUUUCUAAACAAAUGACUCUGCUUAAUGUUUUAAUACUAUUCCAAUUCAUAAAAAGUAGAUAAUAUUUCCUUUUAAAGUGAAUUUUUGUUAAGAUUAUUAUAUUGCUGAUUUGAAUUGCAUGGUACCUUUAAUAAAGAGAACACUAUGAGGGUUAUAGGGGGUGAGAUACAGCUACUUAAUGGUCUACUCCACAGUUCACAAAUAAUCCAUACAGUGUAUGGUGAGAUAUUCGUCAGGAUAUAAAUGGCUAUUUACUCUUUAAUGAAUUAUGCCAUAUACCAUACUCAUACCAUAAUGUUAAUGAUGAACUGGCUAAUAAUUGACAAGAUACAAUACUUGGGAAUUCAUGGAAUUAACAUGGCUUGGAAGCUAACGGAUUACACGCUACCAGCACAGGGCAUGGUGAGUGGAUUUCCUCCCUUUGGCUGGGAGAAAUCUGGUAUGGGUCAUUGUUAGGCCAACUGGAGGAAAAAUUUUUUUGAGUCUCAUAUAAAUAUACCUACUUUACACGUACCGACUAUCUCAUUAUCCAACCUUUCGUAUUUAUGACAAUAGUAAAAAAGCUAUCUGACUCUUUUGCACAUUAACAACGUAAGUCUGGCGGUAACGAACACUGAUAUGAGAUGAGAGUAAUGGUGGCUGUGAUGGUUAAGGUUAUGUGUGAACUUGGCUGUGCCAUGAUUCUCAGUGGUUUGGCAGUUAUGUAAUGAUGUAAUUUGGCAGUUAUGUAAUGAUGUAGUCAUCUUCCAUUUUGUGAUGUGAUAUGGUCAUCUUCCAUUUUUGCGUAAUGCCGAUUUUCACAGAAUAACCUGGUUUUUGGAACCUAACCAUGUCAAUAAGUGAGGAGUGGGUGUAUACAAUCAGUCUAUAAACCUUUCAGCCCAUCACUGUGUCAAAACUCAGCUCCUCUUUUACACAUUCCCUCAGUUUACGUAUUGCCUUUUAAUAAUUUUGUAAGGUGACUCUGGAUAUUCGUUUUAACCUACUAUCUCAUAUAUUUUGCUUGUUUUUGGUGAAGGAUGAAGGGGAGGAAAUCCUUUUGCUCUUUCUGGUAGAAACAUGGGGUGGCAGUAAGCAUUAAUUUGAUCUCCUGUCAACCUCAUAUAAAACUUGAACAAAUGCUAUAUACCACUGUCAUCUUCUGAGAGAAAUUUAUCUGAGUUUCCUUGAUUUUGAUGAUUUGCUUCAGAUACUUCUUUUCCUCCAGAUGUAGAUUUUGAUAAUUGAAAUUAUUCUGUAAUAUUUUGCCUUAUACAAUAAAUGAGUAUAAUUAAGUUGUGUAAUAAUGAUGAAUACUGGUGCAUUAUGUAAGCUCCUGGAGAGUAAAAAGUGGCUAUCUUUGUCGUUCUUUGACCCUCCCAAUGUCUAUCUAGCAUGAAGCUUUGCAGGAGAUCGACACUUAGUAAACAUUUGAUGAGUUGAAUAUUUUUGUUCGAUUUUAUUUGAUAUCUUUGAUAAUUUUCUCUGUUUGAGAUCAAAUGCACUGUAAUAUAAAAACUAAAUGAUAAGUUAUCUUUUGAAAAUUUUUUCUUUUUAAAAGAGUACUUAUUAAACUUAAUUUGUGGAAUCAGAAGCUCUAAUGGUUUUAAAAAUACCAGUGUAGAGUGAAAAAACUUUGGUUUGGAAAGACUCAUUGUAAAGUAUCCUAGUGAGGGAAGGAAUCUUGUUUUCUCAGUUGCUAUAUUUGGAGGGGUGUGUAGGAUGGGAAUUUUCAUUAUUGCGUAUGUGAGUUACCAUUUUGUAAUCUGGUUUCUGCUACAGUAUUGGACCCAUUCUAUGCUACAAAUUGUGCAUUAGUAGACUAAAGAAGUCUACGCAGACCUGAUUUCCUUGAAGAUUGUCUGCUAAUUUAUAUCUUAGAGGCAAAAAGUUUAAGGUGUGUUAAAAUUGUUAUACUGCCUCUCUUUAAAAAAAUAAAGAGUUGUAAAUACUAGUAUAGUUCUCUUUUGUUUUCCACAACAAUAAAGAAAAUGAGACACACUCUGAGCAAUAUCAGGUCCUUAUGUAUGCAACACACAGAAUAAGAUUAUAUUUUUAUACUCUUUGGAAAAAAACUCAAAUUCACAGCAAAAUUUCAACAACAGUAUUUUUUUUUCUUUUUCUGAAUUGUUUGAGAAUAAGUUGCCAACUUAAUGUCCCAUCAUCCCACAAACUUUAGUGUGUAUUUCCUACCAGCUAGGACAU